UGAUGUUGUUUUGACUAUUGUACUUCAUUAAAGAAAAGAAACAAGCUUUGACAACAAUCUCUGAGACUAAAGCUCCUUAAAACGUUUCUUGUUCUUUAAGUUACGGUCAAGUAAACAAAAUGAGAUUGCUUUUACUAGCAACUGUCUUCGCUGCUUGCGUCUUUCCGUACGUCGCGGCAGGUCGUUUUGUUUGUUAUUUCCCCAACUGGGCUAUUGAACGUCAAAAGCCUUGGCAGUUUGGUGUCGAUAACAUUGACACUAAACUCUGCACUCAUUUGGUCUACGCUUUCGCUGACCUCGACGAAACCACGUUCAAGAUCAAACCCAACAAUCCAGCCGUAGACAUCGAUCAAGAAUUCUAUCGUAAAUUCACCGGCUUGAAAAGCCAGAACCCAAGUCUGAAGACCAUGUUGGCCGUUGGCGGAUGGGUAGACUCCAAUAUCAACGAUAAGUAUUCUCAACUAGUAGCAAGUAGAGAGAAUAUCGACGUUUUUGUCGGCUCAGUCGUCAGCCUUUUAAAAGAAUACGGGUUUGACGGGCUCGACAUGGACUGGGAGUACCCCAAGUCCGAUGCCGACAAGACCGGAUUCAUCAACCUCAUGGUUGCUUUGAAAGAUGCGUUCGCUCCGUUCAAUUACAUCCUUAGCGCUGCCGUUGCUCCUAUAACCACCGAUCUUGGCUACGACAUUCCAGCUCUCGAAACAACAGCUGAUUUCAUUAAUUUGAUGACGUACGAUAUGCACGGAUCGUGGGAACCGGACGUGGCUGACCAUCACGCUCCUCUGCGUAAACGAUCGUUUGAAACGAUUGACUACAACGUAGAAUCCAGCGUCCAUCACUGGAUUACCAAUGGAUUGUCCGCUUCUAAAAUCAACCUCGGUAUGCCGCUGUACGGACGCAGCUGGAAGCUCGCAUCAGCAGUAACGACUCCACCUGCUCCGGCCGUUGGCGUUGGCGCUCCAGGUCCUUUUACCAAGGAAGAGGGUUACGUAAGCUAUUUUGAAAUCUGCCAGGCUGUUCAGAACGAAGGCUGGCAAGUUGUUCAAGAUCCGGACCAGUUCAUUGGACCGUACGCUCUGUCGCCUACCGACGUCGUUAAUUGGAUCGGCUACGACGAUAUCACCAUGCUCACCACCAAGAGCAACUACGUCCUUUCCAAAGGAUUAGGUGGAGCUAUGGUGUGGGAAAUCAGUUUGGACGAUUACCGUGGCGCUUGCGGAGCCGGAAUGAACCCCCUGUUGACAGCCAUUUCACGUAUCGUCGUGGCUUAAUCAAUUAUCUUACACUCCUAAACGACAGCAAUCAUGAAAAUCGGAAACAAAUUGCAUAAAAUCAGAUGUAUAGAUUCAGUUUAAAUACAAGUUAAUAGCAUGA